AUGCUGGGCCCUGCAAUAUGGCGUCCUCCUUGAUGUGCUGAUGAGAGGAGUUUCACUGUAGCCCCAAAGCAGAGGGCAAACUCCCCUCGCCCCGCCAGCCCGCGCGACUCGUCCUCUCCGCGGCUCCGCGUCGCCCGCUUCUCAGGACUCGCUCCCGGGCAGGGGAGAGCCACGGGAUCGGAGGCCGGGCCCGGCUAGGCCGCGCGGAUCGGGGCGGAGAGCCGGCUGCGGCGAGCACGAUGGGCCGGUCCUGGCUCUGGGCGCAGCAGCCCCGGCGAGUGCGGGACCCCCAGGGCUGAGAGUGGCCGCAGGAGAUCCGCGGCGCGCUGGGCCUCUCCCCGCGGCCGAGACUCAGUCCCGCCGGCGCACCGGCGCCGAGAGCGGGCGGCCUGCCCGUCCUCCGCUCGGCCGAGGCGUUGGAGGCCGGGAGCCGGGUCACCGCGACGCCCGGAGCCGCGCGCGCCUCUGACAGCUGCGAUCGCAGCCCCACCGGGUCGCGCAGCCGCGGCGGCCGCCAGGGACUUGGGGCCCGGGGGCGUGAGGGUCCGUGCGGAGCUCCUUGGGCUGCCCUUUACUCCACGUCUCCCCGCCCCCCACCCCGACUUCCCGCGCAGAGCUGGAGAUAAGGAUCUCAGACUUUUGCCCGAGGAAGGGUCUCCGCACACUCCCCGUCCGUUUCUUUUCCUGCUCUCCCACUUCUGGUUCUUAUUUCACCAGCACUGGUACACACUAGUUUUUAAGGCUGGAGGUUCUCGAGCGCUUGCUGCCCAGGACUCCCCCACCCCCUCCCCCCCUGAUGGAGUCCGAAAUGCUGCAAUCGCCUCUUCUGGGACUCGGGGAGGAAGAUGAGGCCGACCUUACCGACUGGAACCUGCCUUUGGCUUUUAUGAAAAAGAGGCACUGUGAAAAAAUCGAAGGCUCCAAAUCCUUAGCUCAGAGCUGGAGAAUGAAGGAUCGGAUGAAGACGGUCAGUGUUGCGUUAGUUCUGUGUUUGAAUGUUGGCGUGGACCCCCCAGACGUGGUGAAGACCACCCCCUGUGCACGUUUGGAAUGCUGGAUCGAUCCCCUGUCGAUGGGCCCUCAGAAAGCUCUGGAGACCAUCGGUGCCAACCUGCAGAAGCAGUAUGAGAACUGGCAGCCCAGGGCCCGGUACAAGCAGAGCCUGGACCCGACAGUGGACGAGGUGAAGAAGCUGUGCACGUCCCUGCGCCGCAAUGCCAAGGAGGAGCGGGUGCUGUUCCACUACAAUGGCCACGGGGUGCCCCGGCCCACCGUCAACGGCGAGGUCUGGGUCUUCAACAAGAACUACACGCAGUACAUCCCGCUGUCCGUGUACGACCUGCAGACCUGGAUGGGCAGUCCGUCCAUCUUCGUGUACGACUGCUCCAACGCCGGCCUCAUCGUCAAGUCCUUCAAGCAGUUCGCGCUGCAGCGGGAGCAGGAGCUGGAGGUGGCUGCCAUCAACCCCAACCACCCGCUCGCGCAGAUGCCGCUGCCGCCGUCCAUGAAGAACUGCAUCCAGCUGGCGGCCUGCGAGGCCAGCGAGCUCCUGCCCAUGAUCCCCGACCUCCCAGCCGACCUGUUCACCUCGUGCCUCACCACCCCCAUCAAGAUCGCCCUGCGCUGGUUUUGCAUGCAGAAGUGCGUGAGCCUGGUGCCCGGCGUCACCCUGGACCUGAUAGAGAAGAUUCCCGGCCGGCUGAAUGACAGGAGGACUCCGCUGGGCGAACUGAAUUGGAUCUUCACGGCCAUCACGGACACCAUCGCCUGGAACGUGCUCCCCCGGGAUCUCUUCCAGAAGCUGUUCAGGCAGGACCUGCUGGUGGCGAGUCUGUUUCGAAAUUUUCUGCUGGCAGAAAGGAUCAUGAGGUCGUACAACUGCACGCCCGUGAGCAGCCCGCGCCUGCCCCCCACGUACAUGCACGCCAUGUGGCAGGCCUGGGACCUCGCCGUGGACAUCUGUCUCUCUCAGCUGCCCACGAUCAUCGAGGAAGGCACCGCGUUUCGGCACAGCCCGUUCUUCGCGGAGCAGCUGACCGCCUUCCAGGUGUGGCUCGCCAUGGGCGUGGAGAACCGGAGCCCUCCCGAGCAGCUGCCCAUCGUCCUGCAGGUGCUGCUGAGCCAGGUGCACCGGCUGCGAGCCCUGGACCUGCUGGGAAGGUUCCUGGACCUGGGCCCCUGGGCAGUGAGCCUGGCCCUGUCUGUCGGCAUCUUCCCCUACGUGCUGAAGCUGCUGCAGAGCUCGGCCCGAGAGCUGCGGCCGCUGCUCGUCUUCAUCUGGGCCAAGAUUCUCGCCGUCGACAGCUCGUGCCAGGCCGACCUGGUGAAGGACAGCGGGCACAAGUACUUCCUCUCCGUGCUGGCCGACCCCUACAUGCCUGCGGAGCACAGGACCAUGACGGCCUUCAUCCUGGCAGUGAUCGUCAACGGCUACAGCGCAGGGCAGGAGGCCUGUCUCCAGGGCAACCUGAUCGCCAUCUGCCUGGAGCAGCUCACCGACCCGCACCCGCUGCUGCGCCAGUGGGUGGCCAUCUGCUUGGGGCGGGUCUGGCAGAACUUCGACUCGGCCCGGUGGUGCGGCGUGCGGGACAGCGCACACGAGAAGCUCUGCAGCCUGCUGUCCGACCCCAUCCCCGAGGUGCGCUGCGCGGCCGUCUUUGCCCUCGGCACCUUCGUGGGCAACUCAGCGGAGAGGACAGACCAUUCCACCACCAUUGACCACAACGUGGCCAUGAUGCUGGCCCAGCUCAUCAGUGACGGGAGCCCCGUGGUCCGCAAGGAGCUGGUGGUGGCGCUGAGUCACCUGGUCGUCCAGUACGAGAGCAACUUCUGCACCGUGGCCUUGCAGUUCAUGGAGGAGGAGAAGAGCUACCCGCUGCCUUCCCCGGCCGCCACAGAGGGCGGGAGCCUGACCCCGGUGCGGGACAGCCCCUGCACCCCCAGACUGCGCUCAGUCAGCUCCUAUGGCAACAUCCGCGCUGUGGCCACGGCAAGGAGCUUGAACAAGUCUCUGCAGAAUCUCAGCCUGACGGAAGAGACGGGCAGCUCGGCGGCCUUCUCCCCCGGGAACCUGAGCGCCAGCAGCAGCGCCAGCAGCACCCUGGGCAGCCCUGAGAGCGAGGAGUACAUCCUGUCCUUCGAGACCAUCGACAAGAUGCGGCGUGUCAGCUCCUACUCGUCCCUCAACUCCCUCAUCGGAGUCUCUUUCAACAGCGUCUACACUCAGAUCUGGCGCGUUCUCCUGCACCUGGCGGCAGACCCCUACCCAGACGUGUCCGAUUUGGCCAUGAGGGUGCUCAACAGCAUCGCCUACAAGGCCACCGUGAAUGCCCGGCCACAGCGCAUCCUCACCACGUCCUCCCUCACCCAGUCAGCGCCCGCCAGCCCCACCAACAAGGGCAUCCUCAUCCAGCAGGCGGGAGGCUCCCCGCCAACAUCCAGCGCCAGCAGCUCCAGCCUGACCAAUGACGUGGCCAAGCAGCCGGUCAGCCGGGACCUCCCUGCAGGCCGACCAGGCACCGCCGGGCCCGCAGGGGUGCAGUACACCCCCCACUCCCACCAGUUCCCCCGGACACGGAAGAUGUUUGACAAGGGCCCUGACCAGACGGCUGAGGACCCCGAUGAUGCCGCGGGACACAAGGGCUUCGUUUCCGCUGCGCUGCAGACGGGGUUCUGCGACUGGAGCGCCCGGUACUUCGCCCAGCCCGUCAUGAAGAUCCCGGAGGAGCACGACCUGGAGAGUCAGAUCCGCAAGGAGCGGGAGUGGCGCUUCCUGCGAAACACGCGAGUCCGGAAGCAGGCGCAGCAGGCCAUCCAGAAGGGCAUCACGAGGCUGGACGACCAGAUCUUUCUCAACAGGAACCCCGGCGUCCCCUCCGUGGUCAAGUUUCACCCCUUCACGCCAUGCGUGGCCGUGGCUGAUAAGGACAGCAUCUGUUUCUGGGACUGGGAGAAAGGGGAGAAGCUGGACCACUUCCACAACGGAAACCCGCGGUACACCAGGGUCACCGCCAUGGAGUACCUCAACGGCCAGGACUGCUCGCUCCUGCUCACGGCCACAGACGACGGCGCCAUCAGGGUCUGGAAGAAUUUCGCUGACUUGGAGAAGAAUCCAGAGAUGGUGACGGCCUGGCAGGGGCUCUCGGACAUGCUGCCGACCACCCGAGGCGCCGGGAUGGUGGUGGACUGGGAGCAGGAGACCGGCCUGCUCAUGAGCUCCGGCGACGUGCGCAUCGUGCGGGUCUGGGACACGGACCGGGAGAUGAAGGUGCAGGACAUCCCCACGGGCGCCGACAGCUGCGUGACGAGCCUGUCCUGCGACUCCCACCGCUCCCUCAUCGUGGCCGGCCUCGGCGACGGCUCCGUCCGCGUGUACGACCGGAGGAUGGCGCUCAGCGAGUGCCGCGUCAUGACGUACCGUGAGCACACGGCCUGGGUGGUGAAGGCGCACCUGCAGAAGCACCCCGAGGGCCACAUCAUGAGCGUCAGCGUCAAUGGGGACGUGCGCGUCUUCGACCCGCGGAUGCCGGAGUCGGUGAACGUGCUGCAGAUCGUGAAGGGGCUCACGGCCCUGGACAUCCACCCCCAGGCCAACCUGAUCGCGUGCGGCUCCAUGAACCAGUUCACGGCCAUCUACAGCGGGAGCGGGGAGCUCAUCAACCACAUCAAGUACUACGACGGCUUCAUGGGCCAGCGGGUCGGCGCCAUCAGCUGCUUGGCCUUCCACCCACACUGGCCGCACCUGGCCGUGGGCAGCAACGACUACUACAUCUCCGUGUACUCGGUGGAGAAGCGCGCCAGAUAGCGGCGCCCGGCCCACACGCCGCCGCGAGAGCCUGCCCCGCACGGCGCCGAGGGCUCGCGGAGGCCCACGCUGUCUGUCUGUCUGUCUGUGUUCCCUGCCCCGCCAGGAAGCCCGGGAAGGGGGCGGAGGCCUGUGGGGGCGGCCCUGCCCGCACCUGCCCGGGGCAGCCCCUCCACCCCGGUUGUCCUGGGAUCUCUAAGGGGGGAAGCACCUUCCUUUUGUCCUCCGAGCGACACGCAAGCAGCAGCUGCAGAAGGUCCCGGGUCGGAAGCCGCCUCCUGGCCUGCCGCCGGGGCGACGGCUGCUGGACACGCUGGCUGUGAGCGCGUGGAGGCCUCCUGGCCCUGGCACCCCACCCCCACCCCCGGGCUGCCCUCGGACGUUCCCAGCAGCUGGCGGAGGCUGUGGCUUCGCGGGGAGGCGUCCGGCCGCGGCCCUGGCCAGCUCUGGCCGACUUGGCUCAACGGUUAGCCCAGGCCGCCCCUCCCCCGCGCAGGCGAGACCUUCGUGCUGAGUUUGGGGCCCCCCGCACAUCCCGCCAGCAGGAGGGGGAGGCACUGGACGCUGGGCCCCCGCCUCAGGCCGGGCUCGGCUGGAGCUGCCUUCCCCGCAGGUGCCACGGGGCACGACCCCCACACAUGGCGCACAUGCGUGUGCGCACCGGGUCUUCCAUCAAAUGUGCGGGCAAGGGCGUACACGCGUGUGCAGGCCUCCCCAGGCGCGGGCUCGGCGAGGUGCAGCUCCUGGGUGGCCUCCACAGCCUCCCGCGGGGUACAGCGGAGCGCCGGGGCGCAGCCGGCGGAGCAGCUCCUGGGAGCGCAGCGGGCACGUCUGCGCCGGUCGGCGUGGCCAGAGCCGGAGGACAGUGCACCCGGGAAGGAUCCGGAGGGUGUGCUGAGAGCCUGGGGACCGGCACCCACAAUGAUGAUAUUCUGGAAAACAUUUUCCACUUCUCUUGGGAAUCAGGAUUAUCCAGAGAAGUGACGGGCCCGGCUGAGUCUGCCGGCAGCGGGGUGUGCGCGGACGCCGCGGCGGAGGCCUGGCCCGGGUGCGGACCGUGGCUGGUCCCAGAUCUUGCGAGGGACUGGACGGGGCGGGCCGAGGGGGCGGCCUUCUGCCCACAGGACGUGCUGCCCCUGGGGAAGGUUCUGGGGUGGGGCCCGGAGCCCGCGCCAGCCUCUUGGCUGGGUGGCAGAGUGGGCUCCGGAGAGCGGCAGGAGGCCCCGCUCCCACCGUCACCCGUCAGCCCUGCGCCCACUCCAGCCAGUGACGCCGGAACCUUCUGGAAGUGGCCAGAGCUGACUCAGGGAGGGCUCCGCCGCAGGCUCUGGGCUAGCUCGUGGUUCUGCUUGUUUGGGUCACAGCCACGCCUGGCAGGUCCAGGGCUGGGGCCCUGCGCACCUGGGGCGUCCGGGCGGCGCCUUCCCAGCGCCUGUGGGGCUCAAUCAUGAAGUGCCUGCGGCUGGAGCGAGCGCGACCCAGAGGCCGUUACCCCUAUUUAUUUUACCAAGACGAGGAUUGAGAAAGACGGACAAACGUGGAACCGCGCCGGGAAGGAAAGGCAACGACCAGCAAGAAACUUAAUAAAAAAUAAGUGCAAGAGACGCGGCGCGCUUGU